AUGAGCAGAUGUAAACGGGUAACCAACAGCAAGCUGAUAAACAGCGCAAACACCCCUGUGAUUAUUGCUGCUGAAAGCACCUCCCGUGCUGCACUUUCCACCAACUUUGCCAUCCCUCCCUUGCCUUGGCCCCCUUCCUCCAUGCCUCUCAGCUUGCACAUUUAA